AUGCUUCAAAGACUUAUCUUGACAUGCUUAGGUCUCAGUUCUAAGCAUAUGACUACUUGGAAUCAAGUUUCUUUACAGGAAACAUACACUCUUCAAACUUGGGUUUUUCAAUGCCGAUAUAGUGCAGAAAUAUGGUGUAUUCUUGAUUGCUUACUCUGCAAUACUAGUAGUCUUUUUGAACAGGGAAAAUGGCGUGAUCUGCUUUUGGCGCAUCUACAACAAACUUUAGCAUUUAUAGUGAAUCCAACGACCCAUGUUUUAUUGUUAUUUCAAAAAUAUGUUGACGGAAACAAAGAACUGUUUGUGUCGAAUGAACAUUUUCUCUUCAAUUUAGUUUCCCCUCCGAAAAUGGCUUUGUGUGUGCAAGGUUUAUUACAAUGCGUAUUCUCGAAUCAAGUUUCCGAUUUUCAACCAUGGCGUUAUGCGUUACAAGAGAGCACGCAUUGUUUUACCACUAAAUGUUUAAUUAUUUCUUUAGAUGUUCUCUCAGUGACUCGAACAUUGCUAACUCAACUAGAUCACAAACUUACGGAUGUGACGCUUUUAGCAGAAUGUGACGAACAUGUUCUUCGACUUCUUUGGCAGGCAGCAUUAACUGGUUCCUCCUUUACUUUACAAACAGAGAAUCCUAUUGAUCUUUGGAAAACUCCAUCAUUAACGAAAACGAACGUCGAUCGACGUUUACUUUUACUUGAAAGUUUAGUAGAAUUCCUCCACGUUUCACAUGUUUAUCAUUAUGCAAUUUCUCCAACGUUUUUGUCAGUUGUGAUCUCUGUAUUAAAUCGAGUCAAGCCUAAAUGUCAAACAUUCAUCCCAACAUUCUAUUCGCGGGACGAAAAUUAUGCACAUUUGGAAAAGAAUGUUGAAGAAAAGAUUACCCAUUUCAUUCAUUUAUUAAAAUCUAGUUUUUAUGGUCGUUUUCAUUCUGAGGGAAACAACAUUGUUGAGCAAACACGAAUUAAAAAUUAUUUGGAUAGUUUUCUUAGAAAACAGCAACCUUCACGGAACGUUUUUGAAACUGACACGCCAUUAUGUGACGCAACCCUACACAGAUCUGAAGAUGAAGCCAACAAUGUUGAAAAGUUCAGCACUUUUGAUCUAACUACAAGCAACAGUUCCACUCAAGGUAAUGUUUUGGCUAAAAAGACUGAACCUCUUUCUUCCCAUAUGAUGCCGAAGGCAUCCGAUAAUGAAAAGGAUAUUUACGAAAAUGUUGAACACACACCGGUGCAAGUUUCCUUCAAUCAAAACACCGCAUCUGAAAACCUCCAUUCGUCUUUUCGUUUUACAACUCUCACAAACGAAAUUACAAUGCACGACUGCUUGUCUGUAAAGAACGAACAACUUACCACUGGAUUCAAUGUAAAUCAACAAUCUCUUUAUCCGCCUGUUAAAGAAAAUCCUCAGACUACGCCAACCUCCUCCGUUCAUUCCAUUAGUAGUCAUAACUCUCUGAAGUACUCAGACUCACACACUGCUGAAGAAAAAGAUGUGUUAUUUGAAACUUGUAACAAUGACGAAAUGCUUCAUUGUACAACACCUUUGGCUCAUUCAAGUGAUACCGAUGUCAGUGUACAAUCCAAUGAUAUUCAAUUUUCAUCCAUUCAUUUAUUACAAAGCUAUGAUGAAGCGUUAUCGACUUCGCAACCUGAACAUCAGUGCGAAAUCACAUCAGUGCUUCGAUACUGUGGUUUUAAUGUUUCUGAGACACCCAAAAAAGAAGAGCAAUCAAAAGCUAUCCUACAGACACCUCAGGCCUCUUGUGACUCGGAUACGUUUGCUACGAUAGAAACGGAUCCUCAGAAUACUUUAUCCGACUCUAUAUGCAAAGAAAACUUAGAUACUAAUUUUAUUAACAAUGCUACUCCGUCACCCUCAAACUGUACUAGAACGUUUAAAGUCGAUAAGGAUUCACAACAAAUGAACGAUGAUGAUUUCCUUGCCGCAUUAGGUUUAUAGAUACAACAGUUUUCUAGACGAGUCAUGUGCAUGUUUUAACCAUUUUGCAA